CAACUUUAAUAUUUGUAUUAAUACAGAAAUGUAACGUUUUACUCCAUUCUACGUUAGACAGACGCGUCUUAAUGUCGCAUUUUGCUUGUGUAAAUGGUUAAUACGCAGACAAGGAAAUAAUAUCGGUGUGUUUUGCUGUUAUUAAAGUAUUGCUCGAAAUUUCAGCUUGUUCCGUGAGCUCGUCGAAAUUGAACGCUUGAGAGCGAAAUCUGCUUUCGGUUUUCCAUCAUUUGGAGAUAUUUUGGGCUGUAUUUCCCCGAAUGUGUCGAGAGAUCGGCUCCUGUCCUCGCCUCGCAGGAGUUUCAGAUAGCGGGCGGUAUGGCUUGUUUUCGCUCGAGUCUCGCUGGAUGAGGGAUGUAAUCCGUAAGGAUUUGGCGAUGUGGGAUGAAGCGGAAUAAAGAAAAGUGAUCCGUUCAAACCGUGGGGAAGCUGCUGCUUUCGGUCUAUGGAUUAAAUAUCGUAUAUGUUCUGGAUAUAAAAGUGGAAUUUACUGGAAUACGUGCACAGUAUCGCCGAAGAUAUCGCUUUGUCACGCUGGCUUAUUUUCCUGAGGAAUAGUGGGCUAUUCCUCCCCAACCCCCCAGCGUCACAAACACCAAACAAAAGUACUAUAUGUCACAUAUAUGACGGGUUUUGUCAUGCAGGAAAUAAAUAAAAUUUGCUAGGGUCAAAGAGAAUGUCAUCAGAGGAGAAAAGUCUGGACCCCUCUGACAAAGGACCCUCGCCACCCCCUAGCGGCUCUGGGACCACUCCCACUGGAAGUCCGGCCCCCACAGAUAAGCGGCCCCGGGGCCGCCCUCGGAAGGACGCAUUAUCCACUGCAACACCACUUCCAUCUGUACCCAGACAGAGAAAAAAGAAUCGUGGGCGAGGGAAAGCUCUGGUGGAGGAUGAAGACAGCACAGAUGGAAUGGAGACUGCAGAAACGGGAAGCACACAGGAGACAGUCACUAAAGAGCAGCAGGAGGAGACUGAGGGUGUCUCUACCGAGGCCAUUUCAGGAGAGGGGGAGGCAGAGGAGCAGUCGUCAUCGGCUGAGACGGGGGCGGCACAAACAUCAUCAGCCUCUGGAGUAGCUAAAAGCAGCGAAAAGCUCUGUGCCUUCUGUUACUGUGGUGGGCGAAGCCUAUUGGGCCAGGGGGAUCUGAAGCCAUUCAGGGUCACGCCCGGAUAUGACCCACCACUCCAGCGAAAAUCCUCCUCAGCAGAGGGCAAUGGCCAUGAUGACAAAAGCAUGGCUGACAGCCAAUCAGGGAGGAGCAGAGGCCCAGAGAGUGCUGGGACUGAGGACGCAAGUGGCAGAUUCUGGGAUGAGCUCCGUCAUGUUGGUCUGCCAGACGACAUUGAUGUCCAAUCUCUCUUCGAUGAGUCGGGUCAGUGCUGGGCCCAUGAAAGCUGCGCGUUGUGGUCGAAUUGUGUGUGUCAAGCGGAGGAUCAAUCACUGCUAAACGUGGACAAAGCCAUCCACUCAGGGAGCACAGAGCAUUGUGCAUAUUGUAAGCGCCUUGGAGCAUCCAUCAAGUGCUGUGAGGAGGGAUGUGACCGCUCGUACCAUUACCCCUGCGCAGGGGCCGCUGGCACCUUUCAGGACUUCAGGAGGCACUCGGUCCUGUGUACACAGCACAUUGAGCUGGCCAUCAGCAAAUUUGAAGAGGAGGUGAACUGUGUAUUGUGUGACAGCCCCGGCGAUCUCCUGGACCAGUUCUUUUGCACCAGCUGUGGGCUGCACUACCAUGGCAUGUGUCUGGACAUCAGUGUCACUCCUCUGAAGAGGGCAGGCUGGCAGUGCCCAGAGUGUAAAAUCUGCCAGACAUGCAAGGAGCCUGGAGAGGACACUAAGAUGCUAGUGUGCGAUAUGUGUGACAAAGGCUAUCACACCUUCUGCUUACAGCCGGCUAUGGACUCUAUUCCUACCAAUGGCUGGAGGUGUAAGAACUGCCGGAUGUGUGUUCAGUGUGGCACGCGGAGCAGUGAGCAGUGGCACCACAACAGCCUGUUGUGCCAAAACUGUGUCGAUCAACAGGACACAUCCCUCACCUGCUCGUGUCCCAGUGAUGUAGAUCCCGAUGUCCACAAAGAUCUGCUUUUUUGCCAUCACUGCAAAAGUUUGUUCCACCCUGAGUGUGAGCGAUCGGAUGAAAGUCAUGCACAUGUCCAGCCCAAAGACGAUCAGUUAUGUUCUGCCUGUAGAGAUGCUGGCAUUGCAUCAAAUUCUGUGCGCACAGAUGUAGAAGAUGUUCAGGAGGAGAUUCAGUCACGUGUGGAUGUUGAAGAAGUUGCACAGCCAGUUCUGUUGAACAACGAUUCUGAACCAGUUAAAGUUCAUGAUGCAGAACCCCUCCAUCCUGUCAGUGAGAUGCCGAGUAAAGAGGUGGAUCCUGCUGAAAAACAAGUGACAGAGAUCGGGCCAGACACCAGUAGCGAUUUAGCUGAGCCAGAGUCUAGCAAGACCUCACACCACAGCGCCGAAAAUGAAAAAACUGCUGUCACAUCUCCUCAGGAGACCAAACUUCCCUUGGAUUCAGAGCCACAUGAGCAGAAACUGGAUUCAGCUUCAGACACGUCUACAGUCCAGCAGCUCAUAACAUCUUCUGAAACAGAGACGCCUCCAGAGACAUCAGCUAAACUCUCUGAAAACAUCUCCCAGCAUGAAGAUGACAGCAAGCCCUGCCUGGAGGAGCAGAACACCAAUCCAUCACCCACCAAAGAGCCAACUCCAGACUCCGCUUGCCUUCAGGAGGAAUCCAUGGAGGUUUCAUGCACAGAAAAAGCUUCUGCAAAGACAAAUGGAGUUUUGGUAGAGCCUGAGGUUAGUGCUGCUAAGACUGUGUCAGUAAAGGAGGAGAACAUUGAUGUCUUGGUACAACAGCACAACAUGUUUUCCGAGGGCCACGUAGAGGAAAUGGACUUCACUUUCGAUGGUGAUGAGCAAAGUUUGGCCAAGCUGAGCUCGCUGGUGGAGGAGAGGACAUCAUUAAAGCUAUCCCCAUGCAGGCAACCUGUAGGGUUGCCAUCAAUCGGUCACGGGACAUCCCAGCUACAGGCCCAUGUCCGUACUGUCCCAGGAGAAGCCAUCAGUAAUGUGCCUUCAUCCACUUUCAUACCGCUCACUCCAAAAAUCGGCAUGGGCAAGCCGGCCAUCUCCAAGAGGAAGUUCUCACCGGGAAGGCCCAGAAUGAAGCAGGGAGCAUGGAGCGCCCGCAGACCGAGCCCCCUCUCAUGGUCCCUCGACCCGACUGAGGGCUGGGACGGGCCAAAGAGCAGGCAGCCCCACAGCAUGGCCGCUUGGAUAAUCCGUGUGGGUCGAGGAUCUGGCUUCCCUGGCAGGAGACGGCCAAGAGGUUCGGGCGUCACAGGCAGGGGAGGGCGUGGCCGUGCCAGAAUGAAGAAUGGAAUCCCUACAAUCCCAACUCCAGGAGUAAACAUCAUGGAACCGAUGUGCAUAUUCAGGGAUGAGGAAGAAAAUGCCAUGCACAAUACAGUGGUGAUUUUCUCCAGUACAGACACGUUCACACUGAAGCAGGAUAUGUGUGUGGUUUGUGGGAGUUUUGGGAAGGGUGUGGAGGGUCGACUCCUGGCCUGUGCUCAGUGUGGACAGUGUUACCACCCCUUCUGUGUUAACAUAAAGAUCAAUAAGGUGGUGUUGAGUAAAGGCUGGCGGUGUUUGGAGUGUACCGUGUGUGAGGCAUGUGGUCAGGCCAGCGACCCUGGACGGCUGCUGCUUUGCGAUGAUUGUGACAUCAGCUACCACACCUACUGCUUAGACCCACCCCUGCAGAAUGUGCCCAAUGGGAGCUGGAAAUGCAAAUGGUGUGUGUCCUGUACGCAGUGCGGUGCCACGUCUGCUGGUCUUAGGUGUGAUUGGCAGAAUAAUUACACUCAGUGUGCCCCCUGUGCCAGCCUGGCAUCAUGCCCACUGUGCCAGCAGGGAUAUAGCGAGGAGGAGAUUAUCCUGCAGUGCCGACAGUGUGACAGGUGGAUGCAUGCGUCGUGUCAGGGGAUCCACUCAGAGGAGGAGGUGGAGAAGAUUGCAGAUACCUGCUUUGACUGCACUCUUUGUCAAGGCCACUCCCCCCUUUCGUCUGUGCCUGGAACGCCGGCCAGAGCUAAUGUGGAUUUAAUGGAGCCUGUUUUCAUGCCACACAGAGUCCCAAAAGGAAGAGAUGCUGACCUGACGAGGACGUACACUCAGGAUGGUGUUUGUCUCACAGAGUCUGGUCUGUCACAGCUACAGAGUCUCGCCAAUGCAGCCUCUCGGCGGAGACGCUCCAAACCCAAACUCAAACUGAAGAUCAUCAACCAGAACAGUGUGGCUGUGCUGCAGACGCCUCCAGACCCACAGACUGAACUCUCCAGAGAUGGAGACCUUGACGACACCAAAGCAGAACGAAAUGUGGUGGAUGGUGAGGUGAAGUCAGACUCCAGCCCUGAAAGAGAGGCCACAGUAGAAGACGACUCUAAAGAUACAGAUGCCAGCAAGAAGAGGAAGAGGAAGCCCUACCGCCCAGGUAUUGGUGGUUUCAUGGUCAGACAGAGGAACCGGACGGGCCCCGCAAGAACCAAACCUGCUCUUUGUAGGAAGGACUCCACUGGCUUUGAGACCCUGCAGGGCAAAGACGAGAGUUGGGGUGACCAAGCGCCUGAUACUUCAGUUGAUGAAAAACAUCCUUUGUCUGAUUUUCCCGACAAUCCUGAGGUUAAGAUUCGGAAGCGUUAUAGGAAAAAGAAGACCAAACUAGAAGAGGCCUUUCCCACUUAUUUACAGGAGGCCUUUUUUGGAAAAGACCUGCUGGACAAGAGCAAACAGAGUCGACAAGAAACCACACGGCUGCUAGAGGAUGAGCGGGACAGGAAACAACUCAUGGCCAAUCAGAUAAAGCCAUCAUCAAACCCAUCACUCACAAGUGCAUCGGCAGCACCACUGCUUAGUAAAGCAGUAACAGCACAGAACUGUGAGAAGGCACUGGUGGAGCUGUCUGAAGAGCUCAAAUCGGACACAGCGCUGCUGGGAAUGUUCUCUAAUAAUAUUGGCAAGCAGACAGAGGAGUCCGGUCUUGAUUUUUGCCCUUUCCCAGUUGACUUCUCUCCUUCACCAUUUGGUCUGGAUGUAGAACCUUUAACAGAAGAGGCAUCUGUCUCAUCUCAAACUCAUCUAGGCCGAGCCCAUCCUCGUCAUUUACAUGAAGAGCAAUUGGACGGCAUCCUCAGCCCUGAACUGGACAAGAUGGUCACCGAUGAAUCGAUACUCAGCAGACUCUACAAAAUACCAGAGCUUGGUGGGAAAGAUGUGGAGGAUCUCUUCACAGCUGUCCUGAGCCCUAGCAACAGCCAACCUCCUCAGAUGCCUCAACAGAUCCAGGGAGCUCAACACCUGCAUGGUCCUCCAGGCCCUGGUUUACACCCUUCACAACCCAACUCAGGAAUGUCUUCACGGAUUCCAGUGAUGAACGGUCUGAUGGAGCCCAAACAGCAGUUUUCACAGUCCCAAAUUGGUCCCGGUGCAGUGCCUGAUAUGGCUCGAAAUAUCCCCCAAAUGCAGAAAAUGCCUUUCACAGACAAUCUUAGGGACAGGAAGUUCAAUAUGAUGGCGCAGGAGAUCGCUGGUCCAUGGUCUGCUACAGGUUCAGCCUCUGCAUCUGCUCCAGCUGCUGCCUCUGAGGCAGAAGGAGACUCCAUGUCCACCGCACAGAAGAGUACUCUGAAGUGGGAGAAAGAGGAGACGCUUGGAGAGCUCGCCACUGUUGCACCGGUGCUGUACACUAAUGUCAACUUCCCAAACCUCAAAGAGGAAUAUCCAGACUGGUCAACACGUGUGAAACAAAUUGCAAAACUGUGGAGAAAAGCAAGUUCACAGGACCGGGCUCCAUAUGUGCAAAAGGCCAGAGAUAACAGGGCAGCCCUACGCAUUAACAAAGUCCAAAUGUCCAACGAGACCAUAAAGCGGCAGCAGCCCCAACCUCAGCCACCUUUAGAAGCGUUUGAUCCUGCUAUUCCACCACUGGAUCCAGAAUUACUGUUCAAAGACCCUCUGAAGCACAAGGAAUCAGAGCAUGAACAAGAAUGGAAGUUUAGACAGCAAAUGAGACAGAAAACUAAGCAGCAAGCUAAGAUUGAAGCUACACAAAAACUUGAGCAAGUGAAGAAUGAACAGCUUCAACAGCAGCAAUUCCCAUCAGUCAGCCAAUCUGAGCAUGACUCUUCUGGUAGCAUGAAGAGCCCUGUCUCUGGGCAGUCUAACAAUGGGAGCAUGUCUCCAAAGUUACCCAAUUCAAAUAAUGGGCUUUCACAGAUGCAUGGCACGCCCACAUCAUGUUCCCCGGAUGACAUCUUUUUACGUCCUCAGCCUCCACCCCCUUCUUCGGGAUCUCAGCCACAGUCCCCUCAGAUGUUCUCCCCAAGCUCGUCUGGCUCUAGACCAUCCUCACCCUGGGAUCCCUACUCAAAAAUGGUGGGCACACCCAGACCACCUACUGGGCAGGGAACUCCACGCCGGAACUCUGAAUCAGGGAAAUCUCCUAGGGGUUUUUCAGAAUCCAUUGGUUCACCAACUGCCAACAUAUGCAAUGACCCUUAUGCUAAGCCACCUGACACCCCGAGACCAGCAGGAAUUACAGACCCUUUUCUCAAGCCUAUGUGCCCUCCCAGAGCAGGUCAGACUUUGGAAGGGAGACAUAUCAUUGGCUCCCCAGGCCAUGAUCCAUUCUCUAGGGUGUCAGUGAGAAAAGAAGCCUACCAGAGAAUGCCUCAGGGUAGGAUGAUACUCUCAGACCCUUAUGCUCGUCCCUUACUUACUCCUAUUCCAGGCAGUAAUGAGUCAGGAUCUGUACAGGUUUUUAAAACCCCUAUGCCACCCCCUCAGGCUCAGGAACAAUAUGCAGGAAUGCAUCUACGUAGAGUAAGUGGAGAUCCCUUUGAAAGACCAAUGAUGCCCCCUCGUUCCUCUGAGGGAUUUUCCCAGAAUCAACAGAAUGAUCCAUAUGCCCAGCCUCCACUCACUCCACGACCUGCAACAAAUGAUGGCUAUGCAAAUCCAAGGGUUCUACGGCAGCCCCAAAAUCUGCAACUUACUCAACCUGGGCCAAUGGCACGCCAGUCUUCAUGUAACCCGUAUGCUCGUGCCCCUUCCACUCCCCGGCCUGACUAUUCUCAUUGUGACCCCUAUGGACAACAACCUGCUACACCAAGACCUUCAAGUGACCCUUUUGUGCAGUCUCCAUUUUGUAACCCUUAUGCUAAAAUGCCUGGCACACCUAGACCACAUGACCCUGAACCCUACUCUCAGCAGCCUGCCUCUCACCACCCGGUCAUGAAGAACCAACCCCCCCAGCAACCUCAUCAACAGACUCAAAACCGCAUAAUGUCCCCAAUGUCAAUGGACCCUUAUGCACAACCCCCUGUAGCCCCACGCUCCGGAAUGGCAGACAGGCUCCCUAAAUCUCCAAGUCAUCAAAGGACCCCUGAUCCUUUCAGCCAACCUCCAGGACUGCCACGCUCAGUAGGACCUGAUCCACAUGCACAAUCAAUAGGAGGAUCCCAGUCAUUACCUAAUGAUUUAUGUGUACAUCCCUCAAGAACACCUCACCCUGGAGGGGCUGGACAGGCCAUGGGACCUGGGCUCAUUUCCGGUCAAGAUCCAUUCUCUACUCAAGUCUUGAUGCAAGACACUUUUGCCAGUCCAACAAGACAUGGACCACAGUCCCUCACACAUCUUGGAUUGGCAGAUAAUACUGCCUCUCAGACACUCUCCAGUCGGCCCUGUCAAACUCCCAUCCAUGAUCCCUUUGAACAGACCCCCAUGGUUCCACAUCCUCAUUGUGGAGAAAAUAAAGAGCAACAAGGUUUGCUACAGAGUAUCAAUUCCCAAACUAUGGGUCAACCUAGCCUUGAAACUCAAAUAGUACCUGAUGCCGAGGAAAGACUCAGACAGCGUCUGCGUAUUCGAGAGCUGAUCCUCAGGCAGCAACAGCAAAAAAGUGCCAUACGUCAAGAGAAGGGUGUACAGGAUCAUCCUUUGGUCAUGCCUCCAGGAACCCCUCAACACUGGAGUCAAGAGACUACAGGCCAGCAGAGUGAUGUUUUUAAUCGACCACCACCACCAUAUCCUGGUCCAGGAGCUGUAAGAGCCCCUCAGAGAUUCCAUGGACCUUUCCCAGGAGAUCAACAGGGUAAUUUUCUAGAAGGCCAGUUUCCUAGACCACAGUUUCCUGGGGAUCCUGACUCAAAUUUAAGGCAGCUCGGGCCAAGGAUGCCCAUCUCUCCUAGCGUACAAGGUCCUCUGGGAGUUUUAAGACCCCGUCAAAUGCAGGACUCAAUAAUGGAAGCUCAUCCACAGAUGAGACGGUCUAUGUCUAUGGACUUGGGAAAAUCAAUAGGAGGCAGUCCUGUUGGAACACCACAUUUGCCGCCCCGUGGCAUGCCCAUGCAACAGCAUAACAUCAUGGGGCAGCCUUUUAUAGAACUGAGACACAAAGCACCAGAUAGUAGGCUGCGGCUUCCCUUUGGACCUCCUAUCAUGCAGGGAAAUCGAAUGGAAUCCCCUUUGCAGCAACGACCCCCUGGUUUUAUGGGUGGGCAAGAAAUGGGAUUCUCCUUCAAUCAGCUGCCAAAGACAAUGGACACAACAAUGAAUCAGUGUCAGUUAGCUGUUACACAGAUGCAGGGUUCUUUGAGCAUGGGGAAUUUACAUCAGGCCAAUGUUUCGCUAAGAGCUGGACAUCCGCAAAUCCCCCUCACAAGGUCUAUAAGCCAACCUGCUACCAAUGAGACCCUCAUUGCUCCCUUACUCAAAAAUGUUGCUGCUUCACCUGCUGGACCAAGUGAUGAGGUCCCUUUAUCUGCAAAUGAAGGACCUGAGGAGAAGAUUGAUACUGAUGAAUCUGUUGUGAAGGACCUGGAAGAUGUGGAGGUGAAAGACCUUGUUGAUGCUGAUUUAGAUAACUUGAACCUUGACGCAGAUGAUGGCAAGGACUUGGAUCUUGAAACAAAUGACCUGCAUCUAGAUUACUUUUUAACAUCUGGCAAAUUUGAUAUUAUAGCUUAUACCGAUGCUGAUUUAGAUCUUAGUGAAGACUUGGAUCUCAGUGAUACUAUGGAAGACCACACUGAAAUGUCUGGCAUCCUAAAGCCAAAAGCUGAGAAAAACACUGUAGGUUUUGAUGACGCAACCUCAUCCUCUUGUUCUGCAUCAAGUGUGAAGGAGAUGGUUGACAAGACUGCUCAGUCUCAAGGCAACACCAAUCAAGAAAUUCCUCAGAAUCAGGGAUUGGAUUGCUUGAAGGAAGAGGAAGAGAGCAAAAAUGGGAUCAAAGAUUGUCUGUCCCAAGAAACCUUUUGCAAGAAUCAGAUAAAUGAUGGUGCUGCAAUUAAUCAAGGUGACUUGGAAAGUCAUAUUGAUGCCACUUUACAGGUUUCAAAGACUGAAAUUCAUCCUGAUGUGACUCCGGUGCUUUCAAGUUUGUUGGACAUUGUACCAUCAAAGGGUGAAUCACUAAAACAAGAGCAUUCUGGGCAGUUAAUGGCAAAAAGUAACCCUUCAAAUCAGGAACCUACAAUGAAGCUCAGUUCCACUAUGCUGGGGCAAGGAAACUUCACUGUACAGGGGAUUGACUCUGGUCUCAGUAUUGAACAAUCAUUGGUGUCUUCUCAUGAAACUACAUUAGAAGUCCCAGUCUCCAUUCACGAACAACCACAAAGCCAUAUUUUUGGUAUGGAUCAAAAGGAUGCUCUACUCUCAGGGGAACAACAAAGUAUUCUUACUCAACAGGAAAUGCUGUCACAGCAAGGCAAUCAGAAUAGACCACUGCUUCUGGAGGAGCAGCCACUCCUUCUACAAGAACUACUGGAUCAGGAGAGGCAGGAGCAGCAACAGCAGAAGCAAAUGCAAGCUAUGAUAAGACAGCAUUCCAGUGACUCUUUCUUCCCAAACAUAGAUUUUGAUGAUAUUACUGACCCCAUCAUGAAGGCAAAGAUGGUGGCAUUGAAAGGUAUCAAUAAAAUGAUGGUUCAGAACAACUUGGGAAUGUCUCCAAUGGUCAUGAACAGUGUCCAGACAGGGCAGGGACCACCAGAACCUGAUGGAGGUAUAACGCCAAUGCAGUUGACUGGACAGGAUAGCAAACUUGAUCCCCACAUGACAAGACCCAAUCCUCCAAAUCUUGGAACAGGUUCUGUCCAAGACACCCAGAAGGUUCAGUAUGAGGAUUGGCUCAGAGAAACCCAGCAGCUUCUUCAGAUGCAGCAAACGUUUCUGGAGGAGCAGAUCGGAGCCCACAGGAAGUCAAAGAAGGCCCUGUCGGCUAAGCAGAGAACUGCCAAGAAAGCAGGGAGGGACUUCCCUGAAGAGGAUGCUGAGCAGCUCAAGCAUGUGACAGAGCAGCAGGGGGUGGUGCAGAAACAGCUGGAGCAGAUCCGCAAACAGCAGAAGGAGCAUGCAGAGCUAAUAGAGGAAUACAGGGUCAAACAGCAGCAACAGGGUGGCAUGCAGCCACCAAUAAUGCCUGGAAUGCCACCAGUGCAGCCACAUGCAGGCAUGAUGCCAGCUGGGGCUCCUAUUAACCAACCUAUGAUUGGGGCCAUGAUGCCCAUUCGGCUUCACCCUGGCCAGCCAGAUGCCGCAAAUAUUCCUAACACAACAGGCUGGCUCCCAGGAGCUCCUGUUCCCAGUGGAGGACCUCAAAUUCAAGGAGUAAUGCCGCCUCAAGUAGUGCAGUCACAGCCUUCACAGCCUCCAGUGGCUAGGCUCAGUCAAGGGCAGGCAGGUGGCGAGUCUCCUCAUGUGAAUUUUGAUGAUACCAACCCAUUUAGUGAAGGCUUCCAGGAGCGGGAGCGUAAAGAGAGAUUACGGGAACAACAGGAAAGGCAAAGAGUCCAGCUUAUGAAGGAAGUUGAAAGGCAGCGUGUGAAGCAUUGCAUGGAGAUGGAGCAACAACAAAUCCCUAACUGCCAAGAUGGUAACAUUAUGGCCCUUUCCCAGAUGCCUUUUUACAACCAGGUGCUUCCGCAAGACUUCAUGCAGCCACCCAGGAUGCAGCAACAGAUGCAAGGGCCAGCAUUUCCACAGCAACAAGGCAUGCAGCCAGGGUUUGGAGGUGGGCCGCCCAGAGCAAUGAUGGGUAAUGGGCCAUUUCCUCAGGAAAUUGUACCAGGCUUUGUUUCAGAGAACCUAGCAGCACAUGGGUCGAACUUUGUCCAGGCACAACCUAGACCACAGAGAUAUCCUAGUUCAAAUAUGAUGCUUCAAGGGCAUACAUUUUCAGUGGAAGGGCCUACGCCCUUGCCUCCAAACUUUCCAAGUCCUGGUCCAUCGCUUAUACAGCUGUACUCCAACAUCAUCCCGGAUGAGAAGGGCAAGAAGAAAAGGAACCGUAAAAAGAAGAAAGAAGAUGAUUGUGAGUCACUGAGAGCCCCCUCGACACCUCACUCAGACCUUACAGCCCCUUUAACACCCUGCGUCUCAGAUACAUCAUCCACACCUACAAGGAACCCAAUGGUCUUUGGAGAGCAUGAGCUCUGUGAGACGUCUCAGCCCGGUUCAUCUACCCCAGUCUCCAUGUGCAGCCAGCCCCAUUCAGAACUGGAGCGCCAGCUCUCUGAAGGCAGCUGUGGUGGAGGGACUGAGAUGGGUAUAAGCCAUCAGGAGAUGCAUGACAGGAUCCUCUCCAACAUCAAAUUAGAGAAGGUGGAGGCAAGUGAGUGCCAUGGACAUAAGGGAAUGGAGAUGGAAUUAGGUUUUGGCACGGUCAAGAUGGAAGGAGACAGGGAAGGAAUGUUGCCCCAUCCUGCAAGCCAAAGCCCAGCAAAUAGCUCGAAAGGAGAAGCUGGGAAUGAGCUUCUUAAACACCUACUGAAGAAUAAGAGAACUCCACCUCCCGUAUUGCUCCACCAGAGGUCUGAAGACAGGUCAGAGGAAGAGGGAUCCAUAGACAGCAAAGGAUUUUUGCGGCAGACCUCCAUGGAUAGCACUGGGACAUUCUCUGAUUCAAACCACCCUGAUUUCCCUGGACCAUUACAUCCAGUGGACAAAAAGAAGCAGAGAAACAAGAGAGCACCCAAGAGUGGGGAAAGACCAGCCCCCCGCUGUAAAAAGAGGAAGAAAGACGACAGUCAAGCAGUGUUUUCCCCAACAGAGCCAGGAAUGACCCAGUUAAAACAGCAGCAGCUCUCUCUGUUGCCCUUAAUGGAGCCUCUGGUGGGGGUAAACUUUGCCCACUUUGUGCCUUACGGAGGCAGACAGCUGGAUGGAGAAAGUCGUCUCUCGGGAACAUUUGGGAGUGCCUCAUUGGACGGUGUUUCAGAUUAUUACUCCCAACUUAUUUACAAGCAAAAUAAUAUGAGUAAUCCCCCCACCCCUCCUGCUUCCCUGCCCCCAACCCCUCCUCCGGUGGCACGGCAGAAGUUGCUCAAUGGCUUUGCCACAACAGAAGAGCUUGCCAGCAAAGGCGCCGUCAUUGCUGGGAAUGAUGUUUCCAAAGGGCUGCUUUCGAGACCACUACAGUUUAAAGCUGAGGAGGAGCUGCUGGCGCGAGCUCUGGCUCAGGGGCCCAAAACUGUGAAUGUGCCAGCCUCUCUUCCCACCCCACCACAUAACAAUCAGGAGGAGCUCAGGGGACAGGAACAUGAUGAAGACCGAGACACCCCAGACAGCUUUGUCCCAUCUUCGUCUCCAGAGAGUGUUGUUGGGAUGGAGAUCAGUCGCUAUCCAGAUCUCUCACUGGUCAAGGAGGAACCUCCAUCUCCAGCCGUGUCUCCAGUAAUCCCCAUGUUUCCUGUCUUUAGGGGCAAAGGCUCAGAGUUCAAGCUACGAGAGGUCAAGACAGAGCCUUCCUCUAUGUUCUUCGGCUCUCCGUUUGGAUCAGUACAGAAUGGUUCCAACACAGGGCUGGUUUCCAUUGCCAUCACCUUGAAGCCAGCUGCUGCUAAGAACAUUACUGAUGUUGUAGCGGCCAUUGCUGACCUGAUCCGUGUAAAGAUCCCCAGCAGUUAUGAGGUCAGCAGUGGACCAGGGACUAUGGGGGCCAUCAAGACCUCCAUGGAGCCACAGCGUCCAGCCUCUGCUUUUCAUGAGCCGAAUGGACCAGUUGCUCCAUGGCAAGGGCCACGACAACUGCAGCUUCAGCAGAACCAUAACAAAAUUCUGGCUGAUGGUAGAGAGCAGUAUGAAAAGCGGCGGGGCAGCCUGGGGCCGAAGCAACAAUGUUGUCGACACUGUAAAGUGGUUGUCCUGGGUAACGGUGUGAGGAAAACUACCAAAGAUGAUCAAGGCAAAGCACAGGAGUCCCAGCUUGGCUCUGAUGGGGGUCUGGUGUUCUGUAGUCAUAGCUGUCUCAUUUUGCAUUCAUCAGCCUCGCAGUCCAAUGGAAACACGGACAACAAGGCAUCUGUUGCUCAUCUCCAUGAAAGUGCUUUGAAACAGAGUCCUUCCAAAGUCCAGCACCAUUACAGCAACAACAUGUCCUCGCUGGAUGUCCACUGCCUUGCGCAGCUCCAGCCCAAGCCGUCCCCUCCCUCUCCAACCCCUCACACAGUUUAUACCCCAUCCGAGCCAGCUAAAGCAAUUAAGACCGAGCCCAAACCUGAAACAAUAGCAGAGAGCCAACUUAAAGUGACAGUUAAGCUAAAACCGCGUUUCCAGAGCCAAGACAAUCCUUGGCAUCAUGGCAAACGCUGGAAAGGCCUGCGCUGGCGGAGGUGGACAGUUCAGAUUGUGAUACCGAAAGUUGCCACCCAAACAUCCGACUCGGAAGUCGAGGAGCUGCUGAAGCAACUGAACUCAUCUCUGCAGCCGUGCUCCACAAUUCGUGACUGGCGCCGAUGCUGUUUCUGCCAGCAGGAGGGCGAUGGGUUGACGGACGGUCCUGCCAGGUUGCUCAACCUAGAUUUGGACACCUGGGUGCACCUGAACUGCGCCCUCUGGUCUUCUGAGGUCUACGAGACACAAUCUGGUGCCCUGAUGAAUGUGGAACUGGCACGCCAGCGUGGACAAAGUGUGGUUUGUGCUUUUUGCCAUCGUCUAGGUGCUACCAGUGGUUGUCAUCGACUGCGUUGCCUCAACAUCUACCACUUCACUUGUGCCCUUCAUGCUGGCUGUACGUUUUUCAAGGACAAAACUAUGCUCUGCCACCAGCACCGGCCGCGAGGAGCUGGCGCUGCCAUUGGCUUGCAUUUAGAACAGCAGCUGCGUUGCUUCUCUGUGUUCCGUCGCGUAUUUGUGCAACGUGAUGAACUGCGACAGCUAGCGGCGGCCGUGCAACAGCCUGAGCAUGGCUACACCUUCCGUGUUGGCAGCUUGUUGUUCCAUGCGAUGGGUCAACUGCCACCUGCCCUGCUCCCCACGUUCCACUCAUCUACAGCCAUAUUUCCACCCGGCUACGAGGCAAGCCGGCUCUACUGGAGCAUGCGCCAUGGCAUGAAGCGCUGCCGAUACGUCUGCUCAGUGGAAGAGCACGAGGGCCGUCCGGAGUUCAGCAUCCGUGUCAUAGAGCAGGGCUACGAUGAUCUGGUGCUCACUGACACCACUGCGAAAGGAGUCUGGGAUAAGGUUCUUGGGCCUGUGGCAGAGAGGAGGGCAGAUACCAGUAUGCUGAGACUUUUCCCUGUCUAUCUGAAGGGAGAGGAUCUGUUUGGCCUUACCAUCUCUGCAGUUACUCGCAUUGCUGAAUCGCUGCCAGGUGUGCAGGCGUGUUUAAGAUAUCGAUUCCGUUAUGGGCGUAACCCCAUGUUAGAGCUUCCGCUGUCAAUCAAUCCAUCUGGCAGUGCUCGUUCUGAGUUGCAGACCUUCCCCCAUCAUGAGAGGGUGAAGAUCCUCUCUGUGUGGUCCAGAACAUCUCACUGCAUCCAGAACUCAGCCAUGGCGGAGAGAUCAUCUCAUAGUAAGCACUUUGUGCACUCCAAGUCAUCUCAGUAUCGCCGACUGACCAGCGAGUGGAAGACAAAUGUUUAUCUGGCACACUCCCGCAUCCAGGGUCUUGGGCUCUUUGCAGCACGCGACAUUGAGAAGCAGACAAUGGUGAUUGAAUACAUGGGGGAUAUUCUGCGCACUGAGGUGGCCAUGAGGAGAGAGCUGCAGUACAAAACUAAGAACCGGCCCGCAUACAUGUUCCGCAUCAACGGUGAGCACGUUAUCGAUGCAACUCGCUCUGGAAGCCCUGCACGGUACAUCAAUCAUUCAUGCUCACCAAAUUGUGUGGCUGAGGUUGUGACAUUUGAGCGGGGCUACAAGAUGAUCAUUAGUGCCGCUCGCAGGAUUGAACGGGGAGAGGAGCUCUGCUACGAUUACAAGCUCGCCUUGGUGGAAGAUCAGAGCAAGAUCCCGUGUCACUGUGGAGCCGCCAACUGCCGCAAGUGGAUCAACUGAACAGGAGUUCACUCGUUCAAAAAUCAAAACAACAUCUCUAUCCCACAACUUUCAGGUGCCAAUUUUCCAGAGGAAGACACAGGCUCUGUAAACUUUGAAGUUACUCGAGGAAAGCAACUAACAGCCAAUCCUGGUAUUAAUGGACGAUCAUUUUUUAUGUGCAAAAUUAAGAGGAAAAACACAACGCAAGAAUACAGCGUGUGUGUGAGCCAUUCGUUUCAUUUUCUCGACUUGAAAGGGAAAGGUUCCGUUAUGUGCAUGUGCCAUAAGUUUGUGUGUGUGUUUGUGAGUGUAUGUCCACUUGAGUGCGUGUUUCGUGGGGCAGAUUUCACCAGCGAAUGAGGAAAGCGAAUGGGAGGAAGCACUGUGCCGGUAUGCCUUAUAGGUUGAAAGAGGGGGCAGGCCCAUCUGUAUGACAUGAUCAGUAGAGACUUUACCGUAGUAAUCAAUGUAGAACAUCACUGAAUGGAGAAUGUACGGAAUUGACUUCCGCAAAAGGGAAAAAUAAUGUUGCACAAAAAAAGAAGAAAAAAAAGAAAUACAAAAGAAAACAAACACACAUAAAAACUCAAAAUUACUUGAUUCCAUGAGUCAGUUUUAUCCUAGCUAUCUCUCAUUGUCUAGUGUAAAAAAAUAAAGGUGUUUUGUAUUUAUUACUGUGUGAGUGAAUGAGUGGGCAUAUUUUUUCAAACGGUUUUACGCCGAUCAAAAAGGAUGCCCGACUGCGAUCCUAGCACGCAGUUUGAGAUUCUGUUACAUCUGUAAAUAACAUGUAAAUAUAGAGAAAUAUCGGAAUGAUUGACCAAAUACUACCUUAUUCACUACCUUAUUCAUAUUGAUGUUCAGAUAUUUUAGAUGUGCUCAUUUUGUUUUGCUUUUUUCUUCUUUCUUUUUCUCUUCGAAAUUAUUUAACAGACACACCAUGAUACCAGAUGACACGUGUAAUUAUGAUAUUGUACAGAAUUACGGUGGUAAUUUUUGUAAUAAUUCACAAGAAAGGUACUUUCUCUGUGCUUAGAAUGUGGUUUUGUAGUGACUUUGUGCUUUAUACAUUAUCGCAGACCAUUUUGUUGGUUUUCAUUUCAUUUUAUUCCACUUUACGAAUAACGGUGACACUUUCGCCAGAGAAUUAAAUCUAAGUGACAUUCUAGUAAAUCAGGUUGGAUUAUAGAUGUAGGGAAAACUGUGAAAUGAACUUUAAACCUCACAAACCGAAUAUUAAAUCACAAGCUUAACCUGAAUAGGCACAAAUAGAAGACACUCAUUUUAUUUCUGUUGGGUGUCGUUUGGAUUUCGUAAACAAGCAACAUCAUUGCGCAAGAACUUUCUCCGAAACAGAAGUAAUCGGUAGGAUAUUUUGGAUAUUGAAGACAUUAUGAAUUGUUAGUAAGAGGUGUAACUCUAAACAAUAUGUACAUAUGAAGCAUACGCUUGUAUUAGUUUUAUGAAUUGAAGUGAAGCAUCUGUAAGAGAGCGUUAUUCAUUUUGUAGCCAAAAACAGUUUUUCACAUUUCACAUGCCUUGUAAUUUCAAUUUGGGAGUUUUCUGUGUGCACAAUUUCAAGUUGAAAAAAAAUGGACAGUUUAGAAUUUGUAUUGUUCUGGGCAUGAAUUUUUUUCAAGAGUCAGUUGUAUAUAUUUUUUCUCAAUGAACAGCUGUAACAAAAUUGUUUCAUGGAUAUUUUACUUGUCUUGUAAAAUACAUCGAUUUCCUAGUGUGUUUUUCUUUUUGCUCUGUAUAGUAGUCUAAAUUGUUUUUUGAAACUAAAGCUUUUUUGAAGUACACAGAGCGAUAUAGGGUUUGGUAUUUGAGGAACUGAAUUUACAUUUACAAAAAAAAAUAAUAAAAUAUUUUACAUCAUUA